AAACAUCACACCGAGUAAAAAUGUUCCAAGAUUCGGUCUUAUCUGAUGUGGUGGAGACGCGGCACUCGCUUUUCCAGUUUUCACACCAAUUCCGGUUCGGUUGUACCAGCCGCAUGCUUGGACUGACUCAGCCAAGUUUAUGAUUGUUCCACCAAUGAAAUUUCCAACCUCUCCUUUGGAUCACAUUCACAUGUACCAUAACCAUUAAAUUGUUACCCGUUCAUACAUCAAGUUCUAAAGUCUUCUCUUCACCAAUUCUGUUAUCUUUUUAACACGAAAGCAAAAAGAUAAUCCCACAGUGUACGUAUUACUUUAAUGCCAUGUCAUUUUCAUUAACCUUUCUUUUUUCUUCUUCUUCAACCGCUCUAUUUCCUCCUCGCCCUUCUAUCUCUGUCUUCGCUUCAGCCACCAACACUUCCAGGUUCAAAAUGUCGUCAGAUUCUCUACCUCCUCUCCCUGAAAACCGAAUCGUCGUAGGAUGCGGUGGUGUCGGAUUGGAUUUUUUGGCCGCAGUGGCUUCUUACCCGAAGCCUGACGAUAAAAUCAGAAGUACAAGCUUGAAGGUUCAAGGUGGUGGAAAAGCAGGCAAUGCUUUAACCUGCGCAGCUCGUUUGGGCUUAAAUCCCAGGAUAAUUUCCAAGGUUGCCGAUGACCCACAAGGCAAGGGUAUAUUGGAGGAGUUUGAAGCUGAUGGUGUCGAUACUUCUUUUCUUGUGGUUUCUAAGGAGGGUAAUUCACCAUUUACCUAUGUAAUUGUCGACAACCAAACGAAAACUCGAACUUGUAUACACACUCCUGGAUAUCCUCCCAUGCUACCAGAUGAUUUUCCACAAUCAACUAUGUCAUCUGAAUUGGAUAGAGCAGGGAUUGCUUAUUUUGAUGGAAGGUUGCCUGAAACUGCUAUAUUUAUUGCACAAGAGGCUGCUCGCAGGAAUAUACCUAUUUUAAUUGAUGCAGAAAGGAAAAGAGAAAGGUUGGAUGAUUUUCUGAAAUUGACCAAUUAUGCUGUAUGCUCAGCAAAAUUUCCUCAGGUGUGGACGGAGGCGCCAUCUGUUCCAAGUGCACUUGUUUCCAUGCUUUUGAGAUUGCCAAAUUUAAAAUUUGUCAUCGUAACCUUGGGUGAAAAUGGAUGCAUAAUGCUUCAGAGAAGCAAAAAUGAGGGUGCUGACUUGGAAGAAGUUGAUGUAGAGAGCUUAUUGGAAUCCCUGAACCAGAGAAAGGAUGAGAGUGUAGCCUUCCCAACAUGCGUAUCAUCGUUGGAGACAAAAUUGAGAGCAGAUGGGAUAGGAACUGUAAGCGGGAGGUUAUUUAUUGGAACAGCCGAGAAAAUUCCACCAUCAGAACUCUCUGAUACUACUGGUGCUGGGGAUGCAUUUAUUGGGGCAAUUCUUUAUGCCAUCUGCGCCAACAUGCCUCCAGAAAAAAUGUUGCCAUUUGCUGCUCAAGUGGCGGCUCUUGGCUGUAGGGCUCUGGGAGCUCGAACUGGUCUUCCACAUAGAUCACACCCACGGUUGGAAUCUUUUUUUUAGUUGAAUGUCUUAAAUGGUUAUCGCAUCAAGCGUGGCAUUCGAUCACUGGAUUGACCACUCACUCAUACCUCUGCUUGUUGGCUAUGUGAGACGAGCGUCCAAGAUCCCUGGAAAAAGAAGGUUUAAAUUCAUUUAGUGCUCGUAGUAUCAUUGAAUAUUAUUUUAUAGUUUAUAAUUGCUCAAGUACUACAAUUGUAAUUCGAUUUUUUUAAUACAAAUUCUUAGUUUUGGUUCAAUAUAAUU